GAAAGAAAGAGAAAGAGAGAGAGAGUGGGCGAGACAAAGAAGAGAUGAUGAGGAGGGAAUAAAAGUUUUCGUCGAAAUGGAAAACUUUUUUUAGCUUCGCUCUCUCAUAUUCAAUUGUCUGUUUCGCACCAACAACAUCAUUUCCCCAUCAGUUGCGUGUUGAUCUUUACUCAUCAUUUUCUCAAUUGUUUCUCCAAUUUUUUUUUUCCUUCAAAAUGAUCAUUAUUAUAAUUUUCUAAACUGUGUCCAGUUAUGUGUAACUUAUUAAUCAUCUGAUUAACUGAAUUGUCCAUCACUCGACUACUAAACACCGAGCAAAUCAUCAUCACCGAUUUAAUAUCUCUCUGUGUCUCUCGAUAAUCGGAUAAUUUUCUGUUCUUCUUUUGCUAAUCUGUUUAUUUCUCCUUAUUUAUAAUCAUCAUUGUUUCACCAUUGGAUUCUAAUCAGUGUGUUCAACUUUAAUACAUUGAUCGUUCUCCCUGUGAUUUACUGAUUCUCGUUAAAUUAACUUGCAAAUUGAAAUCAAAUAACAACAAUCAAGAGAAAAGCGAAAAACAAAAGUAUUUUGUGUAACCGGAUUAACUUCAUGUUUCACUUAUUGUGGAUAAAAACCCGUUAAUCUGUUUUUCCUUCAUGUUGUGACCCAUUGAUCCACAUGGAUCGGAUUCACCUGAUAAAUUAUAUUAUUUAUUUAUUGUGAUUAAUCUUUGAUUGAUAUUUUUAAUCCUUUUCUUGAAUUAUGGUUGAUUUUACUCCUGUUUUACCUGCUUUACUUCCGCUUGCAACACUAUUAUGGAUUCGAGCUGCUGACCAUUCGGUCAGUAUAUCAAGAAAUAACUGGGAACCAGAAUAUGAUUAUAUUAUUGUGGGUGGAGGAUCAGCAGGAGCUGUUCUUGCCAAUCGAUUAUCGGAAAAUCCUGGAUGGAGAGUGUUACUUUUAGAGGCGGGGGGAUCGGAGUCCAUAUUAAGUGACAUUCCCAUAGCAGCGGCAACUUUACAAAUGACCCCGAUUGAUUGGGCCUAUCAAACGGAGCCACAAGAAGCCUCAUGCUUUGGAUUAAUUAAUCGACGAAGUCGCUGGCCUAGAGGUCGUGUAUUAGGCGGCUCAUCAGUUCUAAAUUACAUGUUGUACGUUCGAGGUAAUCGACGAGAUUAUGAUACAUGGGCAAAGAUUGGAGCCUUUGGAUGGUCAUGGGAAGAGGUUUUCCCCUAUUUCCUUAAAUCGGAAGACAAUCGAGAUCCGAGUCUUGUAUAUAACGGUUAUCAUUCAACGGGCGGCUAUUUAACGGUGGCAACUCCACCGGAUGCAACACCAAUCGCCACAGCGUUUCCUGAAGCGGGUAAACACUUGGGUUAUCCCAAUAUUGACCUUAAUGGUCCAAUUCAAGCGGGUUUCGCUAUUCCUCAGGGAACUAUUCGUAGAGGUGCAAGAUGUUCAACGUCUAAAGCCUUCUUGCGACCAGCGAGGAAACGGCCUAAUCUUCAUGUUCUGACCUUUGCUUAUGCAACUCGAAUACUUUUCAAUGAUUUUAAAAAAGCCAUCGGUGUUCAAUUUGAUCGCUUCUCAUUGACCCAUGUUGUUUAUGCUCGUAAUGAGAUAAUCAUCUCUGGUGGAUCAAUUAAUUCACCUCAACUAUUAAUGUUGUCCGGAAUUGGUCCAGCGGAGCAUCUCGCCUCCAUGGGUAUACCUUUGGUCGCUGACCUUCCGGUUGGUGAUAAUCUUCAAGAUCACAUUUACCCCGGAGGCAUUCAUUUUACCAUUGAUGCCAAAACUUCACUCAUUCAAAGACGAGUUGUAACUUUACCGAACAUUUUAACUUACUUUGCUAGUGGACGAGGUCCAUUGACCGCAUUAGGAGGUGUUGAGGGUUUAGGAUUCAUAAAAUCCCGUUACACCAAUUUCACUGACGAUUAUCCUGAUUUUGAGAUUCACAUGUUAUCUGGUGGACCGACGUCCGAUGAUGGACAAACCUUUCGUCGAGUACAAGGAUUCACUCGGGAGAUGUGGGAACAAGUUUACCGACCUUACCUACCUUAUGACACAUUCUCCAUGUAUCCCGUCUUGUUGAGGCCAAAAAGUAGAGGUUACGUGCGUUUACGUUCAGCUAACCCUUAUGAUCCACCAAUAAUUGACCCGCGUUACCUGACGCAUCCAGAUGAUAUUCUGGCCAUGGUUGAUGCGAUGAAAAUUUCAAUAGCCGUUGGUUUGGCUCCGGCUUAUAGAGAAAUGGACUCAAGGCUGUUUGAGACCGUUUUUCCAGGAUGUGAGAUUUACACUCUUUGGAGUGAUGAAUAUUUGGCCUGUGUGGCUCGUACAUAUACAGCGACAAUCUAUCACCCGGUGGGCACUUGUCGUAUGGGUGCACCUUGGGAUAAAAGAUCUGUAGUAGAUCCUUAUUUAAGGGUUCUCGGCGGUGUUAAAGGCCUUCGAGUCGCCGAUGGGUCAGUUAUGCCCAACAUUAUUUCGGGUAACACAAAUGCACCCAUUAUAAUGAUCGCCGAAAGGUUGGCUGACUUCAUUAAAGGUCAACAAUUACCACCAAUUAACCCACAUAUACCGGGCUCAAUUAAAAGAGCCUCAGUAGGUUCAACUAAUUACGAGUAUGUAGAAAAUAUAAUUAAUAAUCUAGUUAAUUUGAAUAAAGUCAAGAAAUAGUACGAAUCAUAUUAGGUUAAAAAAGGUCACUUUUUUGUUGUGUAAUUUGUGUAACCAUUGUCACCAUUCAUGUUAAUCAUCAUAAUCACCAAUUAUCAUCAACAACAAAACUUAAAACCACCACAAUCAACAUCAGCCAUCGCCAUCUCAUCUUCAUCCUCAUCGACGCAUUUUUUAAUAAUAAUAAUUCAUCAUCAUCGUCGUCAUUACCUUAAUCAUUGUUUUUCAAAAGCACAAUCAACAGCCAACAAUCACCACAAAGAGCAACAAUCAACCAUUUACAAGAAAGAAAAAAAUUGUUUAUUGUUGUCAUCUUAUCUUAUUUUUUUCUCUCUCUCUCUCUUCUUCUCCACCAUCAUCAUCAUCAUCCUCAUCCUCAUCAUCACCACCACAAUCACCACCAAUUAAUGAGACAAACAACAAUAAUAGAGAUGUCAUUUCAUUCUUGCCACAAUCAAAUCAAAUUGUCACUCAAACUUUUUUUCCUCUCACCUUUCACUUCAACCUUUAACAUUUAGACCCAAGGCUUUGAUAAACUGGAAAAGUGUUCAUGUUGUUAAUUGUUAACAGUUUUUUUUACUAUUCUCUUCAAUCAAUCAAUGUUAUAUUUUUCUCAAAUUCUAAGUAACUGUUAACUGGACAAUUAAUUGUCUUCUAUUAUACCAGCUCAUUGAUUAACUUUAAUGUUUUCACUUUUCCCUCUCGACAAUUGAUGUGAUAUUUUAUUAUUUUUUUUCUAAUUGGGAACAAUAACCAUUCAUUCACUUUUUUUUAAUAACUUUGUACAUUUAACUAUUUUUUUCAAAUAAUUAAUGCGAACAUGAAAUACAAAUAUCAAAAUUUGAAUCACAUUUAAAUUGUUUUCCUAAAUUAUUAAUUCAUUUCAAUUUCAACGCAAAAACAAAUCGAGAACAAAGUUUAAGCUUCAAUUUAAACGAUUAACUUUUAAUCUUCACCUUGAUCAUAUUUUCUAUUUUCAAUCCUCUGAUUACAAUUAAAGAAGAAGAUCUUUAUUCGUUGGAAUUUAU